UGCUGCAAUGCAAGGAAGCAUGUGAUAUCACAUGUAACACCGAAGGUAUAAAUUAGGGUUACCUCCUGAAGUUCAAGAGAUAUGACGAAGGAUUUGACUGUGUUUAGUUUUCGAGGUAUUGUGAUGUUGUUCAUGAAAUUCACGGCGCUUUGCAACUCCAAUUUUGACCAGGCGAAGUGCACUUUGACAUCUUGUUGAAUGUCCUCUUCUAGAGCAUUGAACGGCCCUUCUGUGAACAUUUUAAACUAUUCAACGGAUGCCAUUGACAGUCGUGGUUUUUGAAGUUCGAAUCCAGAGCCCUCGCCAUCAAAUCGUUGCAGUAAUCCUUGGUGAUUUAGCAAGCUCGGGAUCACUUCAUGGAUUUGGGGUCCUUCCUCUGCAGAGGCUGUUAGUACACACACACUGCAUCAACUCCUACUGGUCUGGUGCGGUUUUAAUGCUCCACGUUUGACUGUGUGUUUUUGCAGCCUUUGCUGAGAUGGUCUUAUGUCUGUGAGGAAGUGUUUGCGGCUAUGGAGGUUGAGGUGAAGCUCGUGAUCGGGUCGAUUUGGCAGUGUGUGGGAGGUUUUGGUUUUGAGUUGUGGGUGAGAAGAUCUUGUUUUCGUCGGCAAGGUCAGAAAGUUCGCUUUAGGUCUAAUACCUAGCAUUGUGCUCUUUUGCUAGUCUGUAGUUCCAUGUUAGUGCUUGGUUUCGUCUCACAUUCUCACAUUCUCACAUGUCCGUCAGUGGAUUGGCUGUUAAGACUACUACUUGGAUUAGGCUCUAUGUAGGGCUUUGUUGUGGCGGAGCAGGGGAAACAGAGUACUGGGGUUAAGGACCAUUGAUUCAAACAGGAAGCUUUUGAGGUUGGAAAUAGUAUGAAAGAGUCCCAGACAAUUGGUGUAUUGAGUGGAAGAGGGUUGUGAAGUUUGGGCGCUCGACUGAAAUGACCUGCGUGGAUGUUAGAAAAUAAGCCAAUUGGUGUUAUGUAGAGAUUCGUCACAACGCCCUCAUUCCUCCAACCCUUAAAUGCCUUGCCCUAUUUGUGUACUCUCGUGUGCGGGAAUGACGCUGUCCUUAUACAAUAUGAAGUCAUCGAAAAACAAAGGAAGAAAAUGGAAUCCUUUUACAUACAAGCUCAGUUUGCCACAGGUGCUAUUGUGGUGCACAAUCUGCCUCUUAGCAGGCUAUGCCGCCUCCAAUUUCUUCCCCCAGAAAAUAGAAGAGGAAGCAAUAUAUCAGCCGUAUCGGAAAUCGGCUCAGCAAGAAGGGGAAUUUCCAUUUGGUGAAUUCAGUGAAAAAGUGGUGUUAGAUCAUGGUAGCACUGGGGACAACUUCAUCGCUGACAUUCCUUUCCAGGUGUUGAGCUGGAAGCCUCGUGCGCUCUUGUAUCCGAGAUUUGCUAGCAAGGAGCAAUGCGAGGCCAUCAUGAAGCUUGCAAGGACUCGUCUUGCUCCUUCUGCUCUGGCUUUGAGGAAAGGGGAGAGUGAAGACUCAACGAAAGACAUCCGAACUAGUUCCGGGACUUUCUUGAGAGCCGACGAAGACACGACGCGGAGUUUGGAGCAAGUUGAAGAGAAGAUGGCGAAAGCAACCAUGAUACCUCGCGAGAAUGGAGAGGCUUUCAAUGUGUUGAAGUACAAUGUGGGACAAAAAUACGACUGCCAUUAUGAUGUUUUUGACCCAGCUGAGUAUGGACCUCAACCAAGCCAACGGAUGGCCUCCUUUCUCUUAUAUCUAUCGGAUGUGGAAGAGGGUGGAGAGACCAUGUUUCCCUUCGAAAAUUUUCAAAACAUGAACAUAGGCUUUGACUACAAGAAGUGCAUUGGAAUGAAAGUCAAGCCCCGCCAAGGUGAUGCAUUGCUUUUCUACUCAAUGCAUCCUAACGGCACAUUUGAUAAGAGCGCUCUGCAUGGAAGCUGCCCUGUAAUCAAAGGCGAGAAAUGGGUUGCCACAAAGUGGAUUCGCAACACUGACAAAUUUUGAUCACCACCAUGCGAACGUUUUUACGUCCAAAAUUAGGACAUAGGAAUCUGUCAAUCAAAUUAAAGGACAUAUCUUUUAUAUCAUUUAAAAAUUCUGAAACUGAGAACUCAUAUGAACACCAGUUGAAACAUUCGGGUCAACCGGAUUAUCGACAUUUUACAGUGAUCGUAUGUGCCCAACAUCAGAAGACUUUGCACUCAAACAUUGGCGAGCUUUCCGAUUUGAAAUGUUUGCUCUUGGGGAAUAUUCAUCUGCCGAGUUGAUGGUAAUAUGAUGGCAAUAUGAUGGCAUAUCUAUCGAAAGACCCCGCCCUUUAUCUUUUAAUUUUCAGCCCCAAUUUAUUUCAGUGAUUCUUUGUGUA